AGAAUGGCCGAGGAGGUUACACUUUUGGUUAGCCUGAUGAGUACAUAUUAACACACAGGACAAAAAGAUGGUGGACUUUAUAGGGUGCUAAACAUGCUUCAUUUCCAGAAAAGAAGUGGCUUUUGUUGGAAACAUGCUAUUUUAUGACAGUUGUGUCAUCUUUUGACCUCUAUUCAUUGGAAUUUCCCUUCUUAAAUUCUUUCCCACCUGCCUCUGUUCAACAUUCAUUCUUCUCUGUCUCAUACAACAUAACUAGAAUUCUAGUGGGAAGGAAGGAAAAGAGAAAUGGGGUUUGCUAGUAGUUUCUGGGGUACUUCCUUUUGCCUUCUUGUUCUAGUAUCCUCAGUGGCUAAUGCUGAUCCUAUUGUUCCAGCGCUCAUCAUCUUUGGGGACUCCGUUGUUGAUGUGGGUAACAAUAAUAAUCUGAAUACACUUAUUAAGGCAAACUUCCCUCCUUAUGGAAGAGACUUCGUUACUCACAGGCCAACUGGAAGAUUCUGCAAUGGAAAGCUAGCUACAGAUUUUACUGCUGAGUAUCUUGGGUUCACCUCAUACCCACCAGCUUACCUUAGCCAAGAUGCCCAAGGUAGAAACAUCCUGACUGGUGUCAACUUUGCCUCAGCUGCUUCUGGUCUGUAUGAUGGCACAGCCACUCUAUAUAGUGCUGUCUCAUUGACUCGGCAGCUGAAUUACUACAAGGAGUACCAAACAAAAGUUGUAAUCAUGGUAGGACAAGCCAAGGCCAAUGACAUAUUCGCUGGUGCUAUACAUCUUCUGAGUGCAGGGAGCAGUGAUUUUAUUCAGAAUUACUACAUCAAUCCUCUUAUUAAUGGAAUCUACACACCAGAUAGAUUCUCUGAUAAUCUCAUCACAUUCUACUCUUCUUUCAUUCAGAAUCUAUACCAACUGGGAGCUAGAAGGAUUGGAGUGACAGGCCUACCACCAACGGGGUGUUUGCCUGCAGCUAUCACGCUCUUUGGUGCAGGAAGCAACCAGUGUGUUGAGAGGUUAAACAGAGAUGCAAUUUCCUUCAACAAUAAAUUAAACAGCACUUCUCAAAGCCUCGUGAGCAAUCUCCCUGGCCUCAAACUCGUGGUUUUCGAUAUCUACCAGCCUCUCUUGGAUAUGAUAUUGAAACCCACUGACAACGGGUUCUUUGAGGCGAGAAGGGCUUGCUGUGGAACAGGUACAUUAGAGACCUCAGUGUUGUGCAAUGCAAGAUCUCUGGGGACAUGCUCCGAUGCUACCCAAUAUGUGUUCUGGGAUGGAUUUCAUCCUUCUGAAGCUGCUAAUAAGGUCUUGGCUGGUGAUCUACUUGCACAGGGAUUUGACCUUAUUUCUUGAAGCAGCUCAACUAGAGUUGGAAUAUGUUGCUACUGUUGUAUUUCUACAACCCUCUUAUAUAUGCCAUAUAUGAAUAUUUAUUAGAAAUAUAUAGGUACUUUGCUGGUUCUGCAAUAUAGUCAUGUAAAACCUUCAGCUAUACACGUAGGUGGGAUGAUUUUUUGCUUUCAUCUUUUGGAAGUUUCAUGCUUUGCUUUAAUAAGAUAACUAUUGUUUAAUGAGUGCAUUGUUUUGUUUA